AUGCGCCCCACCUACAGCCACUGCACUGCGCCGACAGGCACCACGUGGGCGGGUUCGAGGCAGCAGGCGGGGGCACGGAGGGCGGGGGAGGUGUGGGGCCCGUGGGGGCCGGGGGUGGGCACAGCAGGUGGCGGUGGAGCAGUAUCGUUCCAGGCGGAUGAGAGGGACGUGCGCGCUGCUGCGCUCGCCCUCGCUGCUCAGUUCCCCCUCUCCUCCUUCACUGCACACGAGGUGCAGGAGGUGGACUUGGCAGCGUGGGCAGCAGGCAGUGGCAGCCUCACGGCAUCAGUGGUGUACUCUGGCCCGCUGCAGGCCACUGCUGCUGCUCCUUCUCCAUCAGCAUCGGGGCAUGGGACGGUUGAACCCAUACUGCUCACUCACGACUACAACAUCCAUGCUCAGGAGGUGGCCAAGUCACAGCUAGCACUAGCGGCGUACCGCCUCGCAGCGCUGCUCAACGCCUCCUUCCCACAGCCGCUCUCUCAAGACCCCGGCACCUACUCCCCUUGCAUAUCGCUGCAGGAAGCUGGUCUGUCAUCGCAUCCCUCCUUCCCCGCUCACUUGCUCCCUCUCCUCUCCACCGGCUUCUACCCUCUCUGCUCGCGUGCCAUAUAUCUCUUGCUUUUACUCGCGUCCCCUCCUGUCUAUGACUUUUCAGACGUCCCAAAACUCUCGCUUUACUCUUGUCCCCACCAAUCUCUCUUGUCCUCUCUUCGUCCCAGCUCACUCUUCCCUACCCCUCUCUUCCCCCUCGAAGGCUCUUUUGCUGCCCACCUGCUCCCUCUUUUUCUCUGCUCUCAUCUCUCUCCUCUGCUCCUCGUUUGCUCCUUAUUUCUCUUCUCCUACCCCAUACUCCCUCACCCCUCCCUCACUCCUCCCUCACUCCUCCCACACCCCUCCCUCAUCCCGCGCGGUUCACUCCCAUCCACCACCGUCCUCACUUGCCCUCCAACCACCACCUCCCACCACGGCACAUGCAGAGGAGCGGGGGGCGAGGGCAGCGCCUCUCCUGGCAACGGCGCUGGGCAUGGCAGUGGCAGUGGCGCUGGCGCUGGUGGUGAUGCUGUACCGCGAGAGGGAGAGCAUGCAGCGGCAGAUCCGAGACCUGCAGCACCUCAUGCACCACCAUGA